CACCUCAUGUCGCAUCCCCUUUCCGCCACCACCGUCCACGGCCAACUCCGGCCAGAUCCCGGCCAGUCCCAACCCUACCGACCUUUGCAGACACCCCCUCCUCCCCCUACCUUCGUCAGUCCCUGCCCUGCCCAUCGGUUUGCUGCCUCCAACACAAACCCUGGCCAUCGUCGAGAGGGGAGAGCAGGAGAAGAAAAAGAUGCAAUUGUUGCGUCCAGGCUUGCGGCGCCGCGGCAGCGGUUGCUUCUGGCGGCGCGGUAGCGGACGGUGGAGAUGCGCGGCAGCAGGGCUGACUUGGAGAUCCAAGACCUCCAAGCCGCCAUGGAGCUCCGAUCCCACAGCAGCUGCACUUCCCCCCUUCAAGCCCUUGUGGAGUCCAUCCGGCGCCACCCCUGGCCAACAACCAGCCCAAUGGCCUUAGAGGAGGCGACACCAGCAUCUUCUCCACCUCACUGCAUAAAAAAUAUAUUUGGAGGACGAUGUAUUCAAUCGCAGGACCUCAGGAUUUCACACGAGUACUUCUCUGAAUCAUGGGCAUUUGUUUCCAGUAUUUCAUUUUGUUGGCACAGGCCCGAUCAAGCGUUGUACGUCGGCUCCUUGACGAGUACUUUCCGUCGACCGAACUCGUACGUACAAUACCACGCUGAUCGAUUCUUCCUGAGACAAGGUGCACGUACAAAGCUAGCUAGCAAGCAGCCUAGUAGCUGGAUGGAUUUUACUCGGUGUCCAGCUAGCUUCGAAUACGAGCCAGAUGAAGUUGUCGCCGGAACACUGGAAAAUACACGCAUGCAAGACAACACUAAGACGCCAAGAUUGAUGGCUACGGGAGCAUGUCGCUCCUGAAUAUUUCUGUGUAUUGCUUUGAUCUGAGUUCAAUAUUACAGGGGUACUUGUACGUAUAUAUAGUAGCUAACCAAGACAACUACUAAUCCUAUACCUACACGGUGACGGUUCCAAGUCCAAGUCGGAUUAGGACUCGUGGUUAAUUCCAACACAUUUUCCUGGAGAUGAUGACAUUAACAGAAAUUGGAAAUCUGUUGGUGAUUGCAGGUUUGGAAAUGUUCAUUUUCUAAGUUCCAUGAUGUCUCGUUUUGGACUUUCAAUAUUCAGUCUUUGCUAAAGAUUGAAUUAGUAAAUGCCCAUAAAUUGUGUAUCUUCAUUUUGUUUGCACUUGUGCAGAAUUAGUAAAUGUUCAGACUUAUACUGUACUAGCAUAUCAUAACAAAAUUCUGUCA